GGCCCCAGGUGAUCCGCACCACCUACGCGUGGCUCACAUCGCCUGCUGAAAGGAUGAGACUUAACACCGGCUAUAUUUGUACAAACGGCGCGCUCGCCUCCCCGUGCUGGGAGGGCUCUUUGGAGAGAUCUUAGGAGCCUUUCCGAGGGGCUGAUAUAGAUAUAAGGACAUUUCUACAUCGCGUCACGUGACAUAAUUACCACUAGAAUCAAUCAAGAUGAAUUGCACGUCAGCACACGGUGGGGAUUUUUUCUUAGUUGAUCCUGUCCAAACCCUCUUGUGCAAUAGAUGGAUCUUGUUCAAUGCAUUGAAGCCUCCUGGUUGCUUGCAAUCGCAAAAAGGAAGACAUGACUGAGUUUGACGAUUGCAGUCACGGCACAUCCAAUAUGUAUCUGCCAGGGUGCGCCUAUUACGUCUCACCCUCAGAUUUCUCGACGAAGCCCUCUUUUUUGUCUCAAUCGUCGUCCUGUCAAAUGACUUUUCCUUAUUCUUCUAAUUUACCUCAUGUUCAACCUGUGCGCGAAGUAGCAUUCAGGGAAUACGGAUUAGAGCGCAGCAAAUGGCAGUAUAGGGGCAGCUAUGCUCCUUAUUACUCAGCUGAAGAGGUGAUGCACAGAGACUUUCUGCAGCCUGCGAACAGGAGGACGGAAAUGUUGUUCAAAACGGACCCUGUCUGCGGCCACCACGGACCGUCUCCCGCCGCCUCCAACUUCUACAGCUCGGUGGGGAGGAACGGCAUCCUGCCGCAAGGCUUCGACCAGUUUUACGAGACAGCCCCCGGACCCCCGUACCAGCAGCACUCCGAGAGCGAGGGGGACGCGGAGAAGGGCGACUUGAAAGCCCAGAACAGCACUUGCAGUAAAACACCUUCCAGCCAGGAGAAGAAAGUGACACCAGCAAACAGCGCCGAUUCCCCUUCUGGUGAGGCUGUUGCAGAGAAGAGCAACAGUUCAGCAAUUCCCCAGCGAUCAAGGAAAAAGAGGUGCCCCUAUACCAAAUAUCAGAUAAGAGAACUGGAACGGGAAUUUUUCUUCAACGUGUACAUAAACAAAGAGAAGAGACUGCAGCUGUCCAGAAUGCUCAACCUCACUGACCGGCAAGUUAAAAUCUGGUUCCAGAAUCGAAGAAUGAAAGAAAAGAAACUGAACAGAGAUCGACUCCAAUAUUUCACAGGGAAUCCCUUGUUUUAAAAAAAAAAAAAAAAAAAAAAAAAAAAAAAAAAAAAAGGAAAGAGAAAGAAAAAAAU